AUGGACAAGAAAGAAUUAAAAGGAAAAAAAAUACAGCGGGAAUACACCGCUAAAUCGAAGAAGAAGAAGGAAGGAAAACACUCUCCUUCAACCUCUCGGGAAGCUCCCCGAGAGGCAGGAAAGUCGAGGACCGGUCCCUCAGACUCCAUUGUGGGAAUACACCACAAGGGUAAAUCUGAGGGAGAACCUGGAGGCAGGGAUGACCCACUGAGACGUGGGCUCAGCGGAGCGGGCUGCAGAUGGUACUUGAGGUACCUCAGUCAGGGAAUUUCCCCUGAAACAGCAAGAAAGAAGGCCUUGGAGCAUAAAAGCCAAGAGCCUGCUAGUCAAAAAAGAAAGCGGACUGAGACGGUCAUCAGUCCUGCUCAGAAAGAGGUGAAAAGGAAGAAGGAGGAAGUGGGAGAACAGACCACUACCUCAGUAGGUAUGAGCAGCUAUGCAGCUGCUCUAAAAUCGGAGAAGAUUGCCAUUCUCCCCAAAGGGUUCCCUGAGAACACCCUCAGCGCGGAACAGCAGACUUUGGUGGAGGAGGCAAUAGUUCAAGAAAUGUUCGCCGGAUGGGAGCACAAGCUCCAGUUCGGCGGCAUCCACUUCAAGCCGGACUACUUGGUAGUUGACUGUGAAACACCACAGUCAGCGGAGUGGCUAAGGUUGAAGGUGCCACAAAUUAGGAAGUGGGAGGGUGGAGAACUCACAACAUGUAAGGGAGACGACAUCCCUAGAUCACAUGUUGUGACAGUUUUCCUCCCCAGAAGCAAGGGGCUAUCAGCUGAGAAAUUACUUCAGCUGAUAGAGGUACAAAAUGAGGGCCUAGCAAUAGGUAGGUGGAAGGUCCUGAGUGCUAAGGAAGAGGCGGCAGGGCAACUCUUGAGGGCAGCGAUAGACGAGCUAUCCUGCGCUGCCCUCAGGAAGAACGGAUGCACCAUUUUUUACCGGUUCGGGAAAAUCCCAGUUCAUGGUAUAAAACGGGAAACAGAAAAGGAGACUCCGGGGAGCAGCGGUGGGUUAGUAACCACCGAGGUCGAGGAAGCGCCUCCGGUGCCCUCUGCAUCGCGGGGUACUGAUGUGCCCGGCGGUGCCGAGAGCGUCGGAGACCACCACAGCACCGAUCUAUAUCGGGACUCGGAGGACAUGGAGACAGCCGAAGCAACUAACGUUGAAGAAGACAAGGACAAAACACUUGUCGGGGGGGAAGAAGAUGUUACAGACGAAAAUGACACGCAAGUUAUUAUUGACAGUAAUGAUGAAGUUGUAUUUGAAAAUGAUAUGCAAGUUAUUACUGAAAGUAAUGAUGAAGUUGUAUUUACAAAUGACACGCAAUUUAUUAUUGAAAGUAAUGAUGAAGUUGUAUUUGAAAGUGAAAAUAAGCUGUGUGGUGAGGUGGUUCGUCAAGAGAUAAGUAGGGAAGAUAACGUGGAGGGGAAUAUACAAGAGAGUCCAGAAAAUGAACUUCCUAUUACUCACCAAACUAUUCAAGUGAACGAUGUUGCUUUGUCGACAAUUAAAAUGCCAGUGGCAGUAAAGAAACGAGGACGCCCAAAAGGACAAGGCCUGGCAGCAAUAGGACUACCAAAGAAAAAGAAAAGGAACCCCAAAUCAUUUCCAAAUAAAUCCAGGGUUCCAUUCCAAAGAAACGAUUAA